UAUCAAAGUGCUUAUUGGAAGGGGACACUGAUGGUAGUCCACAAAAAGCGCGCUCGACCUUGUGUCCUAAGUUUUGGCUGCACCGAACAAGAAAAGAAACAAAAAGGACUAUCACCACUUCAUGCGGGGAAAGACUAGGGUCACACCAGGGGUCAGGGUAGUUCCCGGAUGUAAAGCCCCGCCCACCCGCAGUAUGAAGAGCACUACGCUUCACGAGGCAGGGUGCGCUGAUAUGCAGACAUUAUUGAAAACAUAUGAUGUCACGGUUCAGACACAGGAUAACGCAAACACACUGAAGCUGUGUGGCCGGGCAUUUGUUCGAGCGUUGGUGUACACUUGUGGAGGAUCCAGAUGGAGAAGACUGAUGUCAGAGGAGGACAUUUUGCCAGAUGGCAACAAGCAGCUAAAUGUCCUAAAGAAGACAGAGAUGCCAACGAUAGAUCGUCACUGGCGUGACCAAAACCAGGCCUUGAUAGCUGCGUGUUGUCAGACAGGCUGUCGAAGGAGUGACCUGUUCAUGCUCUGCUAA